CCAGUUCCUUAGUUCGUAUCUUCCAAUUCCACAAAUAUAAGUUCUUUCUUUUUGUUCUUCAAGAUCUUUGCUAUUGUUGCAUUAUAUUGCAUUCCCUGUUGAAAACAAAAGUUGAAUAUAUUUGAAUAGAACUGAAUCGCAGAUAUGCAAGGUCUUAAAAUAAGGAAAAGUCCAAACAGGUUAAUACAGGAUUUAGAUAUCUUUGACGGUUCUUCAAAGGAUUGGUAUAAUCCUUGGAGCCCGCAUAAUGCUAAAUAUCAUUGGCAAUUGCAUUUUUCCUCUGUAGAUUCUGUUGAACAGAAUCCAUAUGACUUCUGGUGCGUGUGCCAGAAAACCCGAAAACAUAUGCAUGUACAAAUACAGAAGGAUAGCGAUUAUCCUCACAUAAUGGAACCUGGGGUAGAGUUUACCCCGCCAGAGCAAAUAGUCGCAUAUUGUUCGAUGAAAGGACCAGAGCAGUUCAACGAACAUCUAGAGAAGAACAUUCACCAUUCAUCAGACCUAUCUAGCAUGCGAUGGAAGUCUGAAGAUGGAAAGAUAAGUGUCAAUAUUGAAUGGAAGAACAGCUAUUUGGAUGCUUCAUGUGUCAAAGACAUUAUAGACUCUCGUCGACCUUCAUUUGCUUCUUUACUUUCAAAAAAGCCUGCGUCCGAUCAAGAAGAAUCACGAUCUUCGCCUUCUCUCUACUCAACUUUUUCUUCGUUGGAGUUAUUCCUUCGCAAUGUUUUAUUUAAUAAUGAUCAUCGCUCUAUAAGUGCGGCUCCGGAUGGCACGUUUGAGAAACAUGUUGGUAGAGGACCUCAAAUUCAAAAGCUUAUGAGCAUUUUAUCCUUUCAUUUUAAUUCUGAUAACACAAAUUAUGUUCCAAGCAUAGCAAACGAACCUCUAACUAUUGAGCAAAAAACAAAUUUAACUUUGGCUCGCAAUGAGCUUAUUAUAUUGGCAAAUAACUACAGGGAUAAAUCGCGAGAUCCUCUUGUCCCCAGUCCAACUGCAACCCCAAUGUUAGCGCGUCCUUAUUUAUUGUCAGCUUUAAAUGUUCCUACUUAUAAUAGUGUUGCACCUAUGUACACUUCUAUCUUUCAUCAGAACAAUGCUUCUUUGCCCGAUGAUCCGGCUUUCAUUGCUCUUGGAGUUACGAAUGAUUAUCCUGAUAAUCUAGUUUGUUUAUUCUAUAACAAACAAAAAGAAAACGACCCGGAUAAUGCAAGAAUUUACGUAGAUGCUUUUGCACAUAUUUAUAACCUUAGGAAAACUCCUUUGUUGAAAGAACAACUUCAGCUUGAUAAAAAAAUUGGUCUCGUCUCCAGUGAUGCUAUACAAUUUGCUUAUACUUCUCUAUCGCUAGAAACAGAAGUUUCUGUUUUAGCACAAAAUUUUAAAUAUACGGAUAAGCACAUAUUAGAUACUUUCCUGAACGUCGUACAAAAACAACCCGAAACCAUAAGAGUCCAACGCGAAAAUCUGGAAACGGUGGCUUGUGCUAGGCAAAGCAAAGGAAUUUUGGAAUAUCUUCGUUCUACAUAUAGAAUAUUCUACGAUGUUCAAGAAGCUUAUAGUUGGCUUGGUAUUAGUCCAGAUACUGAGGAUGGUAUGAUAGCUUCUGUUGCUUUGGUCAAAUCUGAAGAUGAUUCUUCAAAGACAUUGGAAGCAAUCAAGUGUAUUGCAGAGGAAAGAAAUAGCUCCGUUUUGUAUGAGUUCUUGGCAUCUUUAAACCCUUCUUAUAUCCCUCAAGCUCCUGAUACUUUUAUGACCACUGAUGACGCUUAUGAAACACUUGCAGUUCAGGACCGUGAUGUUUCAGAUGAUAUGUUAAUCAAUGUUUAUACAUUUGCAGUUGAGGAUCAGCCAGAGAGAUCUGAUCGCUUGAAGUCAGCAUUAAAAUGCAUUGGCGAAUCUAGAAAUUCAAAGCUGAUAAUGCAUUUCUUGGAAAAUGGCAACCUUGAUCUUCCUGAGGAACCACCUAAUUUAAAUGUUCCUGUAGGAUUGGAAAACACUGGGAAUUUUUGCUAUUUGAAUUCUUUGCUCCAAUAUUACUUUAUCAUUAAGCCUCUUCGUGACGCGGUCUUGGGAAUUAACUAUAAUAAAGAUGUUUCCAUGAUAAAAAGCAAAGAAGCUGUGAAAAAGGUUGGUGGUCGUAGCGUAAAUCGUAUUGAAUUUUUGCGUGCUCUGCAGUUUACCUAUGAACUUCGUUCUCUUUUUCAACAGCUUAUAACCACCAAACAUUCAUCUAUUCUUCCAUCAUCAAAAUUGGCGUAUUUAGCUUUAAUCCCGUUAACUAUGGAACAGGUUAAAUCGACAUCUUCUUCCGUGAUUCACCCGAUGGAACUAAGCAAUAUUUCUACGGAAAGUCAUCAACAGGACCAACAAGCAAGCGCUCCUAUAGACGCCAGUCACUCUACUUCUACAUCUGAUUUAAUCAACUUGGCUCCUUCAGAGAAAGAUGAAGGAGCGGAAAUGCCGUACUUUGAUAUAUCAGAAGAAGAGGUUAAUUCAUCUUUGGAUCUCGGACGUCAGCAGGAUGUUGCUGAAUGUAUCGAUCACGUUCUAUUUCAAAUUGAGGUUUCUUUAGGCCCAACGAAGAACAACGAGGGAUCAAGUAGUUCAGAUGAAGAUUUAAUUCGACGAUUAUUUUAUGGCAAAACCAAGCAGACGUUACAUGAUGAUAGUCAAGGAACUAGAUCAAGUGAGGAAUUAUAUUCGCAUUUGAUUGUAGACUUGUAUAAAGAGCGACAAACCUUAUAUGAUGUACUGGAUGGUGUCUUUGAGACUGUAACGCUUGACUUAGGUAAUGAAACUACCAAACGCUCUUUGUGUAUCAAAGAGCUUCCGAUGAUUUUGCAACUUCAAAUUCAAAGGGUUCAGUUUGAUCGUUCUACAGGUCAACCCUUUAAGUCUAAUGCUUAUGUUGAAUUUGGAAAAGAGUUGCAUAUGGAUCGCUAUGUGGAAGAUGUAAACGGAGAAAUGGCUCCUUUGUUGGAUAAAUAUUGGAGUAUGAAGCAAAAAAUUGGUGAAUUGCAACAACGACGAAAAUAUUUGAUGACUACGAAUUCACAGUUAUUAUCCUCAGUAGAAACACUGGCGACACUUUCAACUUGGGCGGAUUAUCAAAAAAAUUCUCGCUUGCCUAUAAGCAAGAAGUUGCCGCAGCUUCUUCACGAGGAGACCGAAAAAAUCAGCAUGGAGCUUGAAAGGUUGGCACAGGAAGAAAGACAGACGCAAAAAGAGAGAAUGCAUUUGUUUGAUAAUCAUAUUAACCAUAGUUAUGACCUUUUAGCAAUUUUCAUUCAUCGUGGACAGGCAACGUUUGGACAUUAUUGGACAUAUAUGCGUGAUCUAAAGACCGAUGUUUUUCGAAAGUAUAAUGAUGAAUACGUUACAGAGGUUGACGAGAGUGAGGUUUUUGCGGACACAACAGGAAAUACUGCCAAUCCUUAUAUGUUAACGUACGUAAGGAAAGACUGCAGACAUAUAAUUGAGUGUCUCUCUCGGAAUCCUGAAUUUCUUAAAUGAAAAUUCAAAUAAAGUGAGCGUAUAUUUCAAAUUUUGGUGUUAGAAGUCAGAAAUCUUUAAGUAUAUUAAUGACGGGUUUAUAUGCUAUGUUUUACUAAUGAAAAAUCAUUAUAUAAGUGAAUCUUACUUUAGAC